UACAGCAUUUGAUUGGUUGUCACCGAUGUUUUUAUCACGUGACACCAAACAUGGCCGCUUGCGAUCGAAGUAACGAUGGUCAGGACAGCAUACUGGAGCCACUGAGUUUUCCAGAGCAGACAGUUGACAGCUCCAACACCUUCAUUCUGCAGUGUCCUCGUAAUGAGCUGCUGGUGUGUCUUUUCUGUUCUGAAUCCGCCCCUUUGCUGCAGAAAGAUGUCCUUCUCAAACACCUGCUGCUGGAGCACAAGCUGGUCAUUGCUGAUGUCAAACUGAUUGCAGAUCUCCCAAAGUACAUGUUGUACUGGAAGGGCAGAUUCCUGGAGCAACCGGUCAAAGAUUUCUGCAGCGUGAUCAAAACCAACUCCACUGGUCCAGUUGAGAAACAGGAGGACUACUUUCUGCUGUGUGAUGUCCUUCCAGAGGAUCGAAUCCUCAGAGAGAAGCUCCAGCAGAAACGGCUGGAAGAAGUGCUGGAGCAGCAACAGAAAGAGAGAGAUGACAGCAACUUCCAUCGUCUCUGCAUGUUCUGCAGUGAAGAGUUCACUGGGAACAGGUCAUUUCUACUGAACCACAUGGCCAGAGAACAUUCCUUCAGCAUUGGACUGCCAGACAAUAUUGUCUACUGCAACGAGUUCCUGGACACACUGCAGAGCAAACUGGACAAUCUGCAGUGUUUAUACUGUGAGAAAAUAUUUCGAGACAAAACCACGCUAAAGGACCACAUGAGAAAAAAAGCUCACCGCCGCAUCAAUGCUAACAACCGUGAAUAUGACCGCUUCUAUGUCAUCAACUAUCUGGAAUUGGGAAAAACCUGGGAGGAGGUACAGAGUGAAGAUGACCGUGAGCUGGUAGAUGAUGAGAAUGAUGACUGGUCCGACUGGCAGUCUCAUCCAGUCUCUGCUGUGUGUCUGUUCUGUGAUCACCAAUCAGAGACAAUGGACCAUAUCUACACUCACAUGAAGGAAACCCAUGGCUUUGAUCUCCACAACCUGAAGACAGAACUCAACCUCAAGUUCUACCAGCAGGUCAAACUGGUGAACUUCAUCCGGCGGCAUAUCCACCAAAACCGCUGCUACGGCUGCCAGGAGAACUUUGAUUCCAGAGCUGACGUCCUUCAUCACAUCAUGGCUAAAGGUCAUGUGAUGAAACUGCCAGAGAUGUCCAUUUGGGACCAGCCUCAGUACUUUUUCCCCACAUAUGAAAACGAUGCUCUCCUGUGCACACUAUCUGACAGCGAUGAAGAUGAACGUGACGAGACAAAUCGCAGUGAGGAUAUCCCGGUCAUCGCAGAGGACAUCUCCAACCUCAAAAUACUAAAACAGACCAGCGUGCUCAACCAGCUGCUGAAGCACAGAGGAUCCUCCUGCUGACCAUGGACAAAUAGAUUUCAGUCUCUUUCUUUCAUCACACUCAGUGUUCACCUCGACUCAUGGAUUAAAAAAAAUAUAAAAUUGAAGACAACACUUGACAGUACUGUGUGGAAAAGAAAAACUUCAUGCAGCCGUAGCACACAUUUUCUUAGUCCUACAGCUUUGUAUAACUUUUAAGCUACUUACUUCCAUUCAAGCACAUAAGAGUAGCUUAAACAUCUGUUUUUCUUGAAUACUGACUUUAUUAUUUAAAACAAAAAUCAUUUUCCUUUGUAAAUUGUAUAACCAGUGGUAAGUGAAAGAGUUGACACUUCACACCAAAGAGACAGAUAAUUAAAAACAGAAAGCAUCCUCUAAUUGUUAACGUCAAAUAAAUGUUGUGGGUGAACCCUGA